GCCCCGGAUGUGUUCGGGAGCCCAGUUUCUGCACAGACGGAAAGGAGGAGAUGCCUCUGCCAGUGCAGGUCUUCAACUUUCAGGGGGCUGUAGAGCCUAUGCAAAUAGAUGCAGACCCUCAAGAAGAUCAACAGAAUGCACCCGAAACCAACUAUGUUGUGGAAAAUCCAACAUUGGAUCUGGAACAGUAUGCCUCCAGCUACAGUGGGCUGAUGAGGAUUGAGCGCCUGCAGUUCAUCGCAGACCACUGCCCCCAGCUCCGCAUUGAAGCACUCAAGAUGGCCCUGUCCUUUGUCCAAAGAACCUUCAAUGUUGACGUCUAUGAGGAGAUCCACCGUAAAUUGACAGAAGCUACAAGGGAUGCCCAGGGUGCGCCGGACGCAGCUGCGGAGGGGGGGGCAGAGUUACCUGCCCUCGACACAGCAUGGGCUGAGUCGACUAGGAAAAAAGCUCUCCUCAAACUGGAGAAACUGGACACAGACCUGAAGAACUACAAGGGAAACUCCAUUAAGGAGAGCAUCAGGAGGGGUCACGAUGACCUUGGAGAUCAUUACUUAGACUGCGGUGACCUCAGCAAUGCCUUGAAGUGUUACUCCCGUGCCAGAGACUACUGCACUAGCGCCAAGCAUGUAAUCAACAUGUGUCUUAAUGUAAUCAAGGUUAGCGUUUACCUCCAGAACUGGUCCCAUGUACUUAGUUAUGUCAACAAGGCUGAAUCCACUCCAGAGAUAGCAGAGCAACGAGGAGAAAGAGACAGUCAAAACCAAGCAGUCCUCACAAAACUAAAAUGUGCUGCAGGACUGGCUGAGCUUGCCUCUCGAAAGUACAAACAGGCAGCAAAGUGCUUCCUCCAAGCUUCAUUUGACCACUGUGACUUCCCUGAGCUCCUUUCGCCCAGUAACGUAGCGGUGUAUGGUGGAAUGUGCGCAUUGGCUGCUUUUGACCGGCAGGAGCUGCAGAGGAAUGUCAUCUCCAGCAGCUCCUUCAAACUAUUCCUAGAACUGGAGCCUCAGGUGCGCGACAUCAUCUUUAAGUUCUACGAGUCAAAGUACGCAUCCUGUCUCAAGAUGCUGGAUGAAAUGAAGGAUAAUCUCCUACUAGAUAUGUAUUUGGCCCCCCAUGUGAGGACACUGUACAUGCAGAUCAGGAACAGAGCUCUCAUACAGUAUUUCAGCCCUUACGUGUCGGCAGAUAUGAACAAGAUGGCACUGGCCUUUAACACCUCAGUGGCAGCUCUGGAAGACGAACUGACACAGCUAAUUCUCGAGGGACUGAUCAAUGCCCGGAUUGACUCGCACAGCAAGAUCCUCUAUGCCAGGGAUGUAGACCAGAGGAGCACAACGUUUGAAAAGUCUCUGCAGAUGGGCAAAGAGUUCCAGCGACGAGCAAAAGCUAUGAUUCUAAGGGCUGCCGUGCUGCGUAACCAGAUACACGUCAAGGUAACCGGGUCCUCAGGUCUCCACCAAGAGAAGGUAGCCAAGGGGAACUCACACCUGCCAACAGCCAAACACGAAUGAGCACCAAUAUGUGAAGAAUCCCUACCACUUGCCUCUCCUGUGAGAGUUCACGGGGUUCUGCAGGUCUCACCCCUCGGCCCUGCUUACUGUCUGCUUCCCUGAAUCACAAACUGAACACUUACACUUCAGUGGGAAGAUGUGUUAUUUAGAUCAGAUGUGACUUCUGCUCAAAACCUUUAAUUUGAUUUGUUGCAUACAGUAUCAAAGCAGCCAUAACUCCAUAUUGGUUCUAAAAAGCACUGCUACAUUUAGUGAGUUUUCUCCCACACUGAUCAUAUUAUGUUCAUUUUUGGAAAGCAUCUAUAGGAAGUUGAGGGUUUGGGUUUUUUUUUUGUUUUUUUUUUUUUUUUUU